CAUUUUUAUCCUACUCCAUGUUGACAAAUCCACGGGUCACAAUCUCUUAUUUAAUUUCUUCAAUGAGAGCAUAAGGGAGAUGCUUUGCUGUCUUCGAGUAGCUCUGCAACGCGAAGAAAUUCAUGCUUGUUUUAUGAUAAUUAUUACUAUUCUCUGAGGUAGGGGGUUGUAAGAAGAGUAGCAGAAGCCUUUUUAAGUUGAUGUUGGAAAGGCAAUGGAAGAGGUGAUAUUAGGUCUACGCAUUUACAGUUGCUGCAAUUGCAGAUGCCAUAUUGCUGAGCAUGAUGAUAUUAUCUCCAAAGCCUUUCAGGGAAGGAAUGGAAGAGCGUAUUUGUUUGGGAAAGUUGUAAAUGUUAUGACAGGAACUAAGGAAGACAGGCAACUCAUGACAGGCUUGCAUACUGUGGCUGAUAUAUCUUGUAUUCAAUGCCGGGAAAUCCUUGGUUGGAAAUAUGAGAGAGCUUAUGAGGAAUCGCAGAAGUAUAAAGAAGGCAAGUAUAUUCUUGAAAAAGCAAAGAUCAUGAAAGAAAACUGGUAAAUGCUCACAGUGAUGACUGACUUAUACUUGCAAGUAGUACCACUGCAUUAAGUUUUCUGGGUUCAAUAGGAUCCUCAUUUAAAACGUUUGGGUUGGCUUCUUGGUUCUUCUCUAAGGUGUUCAGAAUCUAGCUGUAAUUAUUAGGGCUGAUUUGUUAGCUGCUCGGGUUGGAUUCAUAAUGUAAAAAGUGGAAAUGUUCAAGGAUGUUAUGUGAUUGAGCUCUGAUGAAUAUCAAUUGAUAUUGUAAAUUGUGGACUGCAAAUAAUUGCUGGAGAAUUGGGUUACAUGGGUUUUUGGUAUAUUGCCAAAAAAAGCUCAUUUGGAUUUGUAAUUUAUUUGUCAAGAGCUCUGAAAUAAAUCAAAUGUAAUAAUUUGUGGGGC